GAGUGCAGUAUUUUGACAUGUCUGAAACUUCCUUGUCUGUGCUUUUGUGUAUCCGAGCGACCAUAUUGGUGCGGCGUAGUUAAGGGCCGGCCCGUCCGAUUGCUUUGUAUGUUGGCAACAACGUUGCUUUGCCUCUUCAUCAUGUUCUGGCGGCUAGCGACUUGAUAGUUUUGUUUCAGGUCUAUACUUUGGCAAUGUCGGGGUCGUGUGAGGAGUGAAGAGUUUAGUCACACCUAUAAUCUUAGGGUUAUUGACAGUCGGAAUUCUCUAAAAUUCACUGUCAAUAUUAACGGUAAAAAUCAUCAGAAGUCGUUUAUGUUUUUAAACAUUUACUUGGUUUGGUUUCGGACGAAUAUAGAGCAUGCCUCCUAUUUUUAUAUUUAUUUACAAAUGAAGAAACGCAUAUAGUACAUAUAAGAGUAAUGUUGUCUUGUAAACAGUAUGGUUGCACAGUGGGUUAAGUUUUUUUUUUUUUUUUAACAAAAAAUAUUUAAGAGGAUUUGAGUUUUUUAUAGAUAUCAACACGAUGAAGCGAAAUAUAACUUUAGUCUGUCAGGAACAGUGAUAUUGUGUAGCUCGUAUGAGAAGGUAAACGCAAAAUGUGUGCUUAUAAUCCCAUUCGUGGAUCGCUCUGCAAUCGCGUCAUUGGCGUCACCGCUAACUCUUGGUUGAAUAUAAGAAAUCACGCGCACAAAUGCACUGCCGCCGACGCAAUCACACACACGCCCUCAGACAAAUCAGCUGAUAUUGCUACGGAGUGGCAGCAAGCACGUCCCUUCAAUGAGUUGCCGAGAGCAGGCGUUUUUAAAUUUCUACGGCAAUUGUUACCCGGUGGCCGAUAUUACAAAUUAGACUCGGCGCAAUUGUUGAAGGCAAUGCAAGAGGAUUAUGGCGAUAUUUAUAUAAUGCCUGGCAUGUUCGGCCGACCUGACGCCUUAUAUACACACAAUCCAGCUGACUUCGAACGUGUCUUUCGCAAUGAGGGCGCCUGGCCGAUAAGACCCAAUUCGGUAACAUUGCGUUAUCAUCGCAACAAAUUGCGCGCCGAUUUCUAUGGGGACGUCGAGGGAAUACUUGCAACCCAUGGUGAACAAUGGAGCUCAUUUCGAACGGUCGUUAAUCCAUUGCUAAUGCAGCCGAAAAAUAUUAAAAUAUAUCUCAACAAAAUGGCGCAGGUGAACCAAGAAUUCGUAGAGAGAAUCCGCUUGAUACGCGAUACUAAAACUCUGGAAAUGCCCGACGACUUUAAAGAGAACAUACAGCAUUGGACACUCGAAUCGGUGGCUCUGGUGGCACUGGACAAGCAGCUCGGGUUGCUGCGUGAAAAUAGCAAAAAUUUGGAUGAUGCUUCAAAACUUUUUGCAGCCUUAACGGAUUGGAUGUAUCUUACACUAGAUUUAGAAUACACACCAUCGCUUUGGCGUAUUGUGGCAACGCCGAAGUUUAAACGCUUGAUGCGAGCUUUAGAUGACAUACAAGAAGUAACAUCGAAAUAUACCAUGGAGGCAAUUGCUAAACUAGAAGAGGAGCAGCAACGCGGUAUCGAGCGUGAAGAGAAUGAAAAGAGCAUUUUGGAGAAAUUGCUGAAAAUCGAUAGGAAAAUCGCCACAGUAAUGGCAAUGGAUCUAUUGCUAGGCGGUGUCGACACAACUACUUCACUCACUGUUGGUAUCCUACUCUGUUUGGCCAAGAACCCUGACAAACAGGAAAAACUACGCGAGGAAGUAAAGCGCAUACUACCACAAAAGAAUGGAGUUUUCGCUGCUAAUACACUCAACAAAAUACCAUAUCUACGCGCCUGCUUGAAGGAAGCACUACGCAUGUACCCAGUGACUAUUGGAAAUUGCCGAGUGCCACAGAAAGACGUUGUUUUGAGCGGUUAUAGGGUACCUAAGGGCACCGUGAUUAGCAUGAUUCACUCAACGCUACUAAAAAGUGAAGAACAUUACGCGCGUCCAUUGGAAUACUUACCCGAACGUUGGCUGCGACCAAGUAGCGAAACUGUUGAGGAACCAGGGUGCGGAGCUAUUAAAGACACUAAACAAUGGAGAGCCAGCAGCCCAUUUGCGUUUCUGCCCUUUGGUGUCGGUCCGAGAGCUUGUUUGGGUCGUAGAAUUAGCGACUUAGAAAUAGAAUUGGGUGUUGCCAGAUUGGUGCGAAACUUUCAAAUUGAAUUUCAUUAUCCGACAGAUAAUGUCUUCAAGAAUAUGUUGAUUAAUAUGCCAAAUGCGCCAUUAAAAUUUAAGUUUAUUGAUAUUGAGUAAUUGUGAGGUGAUUAAAGUGAGAGCAAUAUACUUAAAAUUUUUUAUGAAAUAAGUUAUUGAUCAUUUAUGGCUUCACUUUGUGUUUAUUGUUUAAGAUGGCAUUUAACCAAGGACUUACAUGAAUGCUAAUUGCAACAUUACGAGAAAUAAAAUGUUGGAGUAUAUUAUUGAGGUACUCACAACCCGUCAUAAAGCAUCGUAAAAUCGUAAAAAUAUAAAUUUUUACACUGGUUUAAGAAAAUGUUGUUGGAGUACGUACACAAAUGAGUUUACACAAUUAAUUCUCAAUGCUAUAUUUUCGAAUCAUUAUAGCUUAUAACUUUAUGAGACUAUGUUCAGUAUAACCUAAAAUGUUGGUCACUUUUAGCCCGCCAAAAGAUCUGAUCAAAAAAACGGGUAGAUCAUUGUAUGGCGAACUACACAAAACAAAACAACAUUGAUUUUUGACCUGCUUUGAGGUGGUUUUUCGGCUUUGGCUCAUCUUUUCCACGAUCUUCGACCGAUUGAUCGUGUGUUUCUAGGUCGUAAGCAUAAAUAGAAGACCAAUCGCCGGUAAUAAUACGUUUCAUGACAUCCUGGUAGUCUUAUAGCAUUGUUUCACAGACGUCGAUGCGACGCUGAUUUACGAACAAAUUUAGUGAUUUGGAACCAAUCGUGCUUUCAGUUUUCUUAGACACAAAUUAUAUUUCAAAAUAA